AUGGCGAUAUUUCAAUCAGCACGGUCGUCUUCAAAUGCAUUGUUUUGCGGACGCUUCAAAGGACGCUUACGCGGCUGUGGUUUAUAUACGAAACAACUGUGGGGAAAAGGUGCUACCGACUAUAACAAUGUUAAAAAAUCGCCUUCGACCACUAAAAGGCCUGACAAUUCCAAGAAUGGAGCCCCUGCCAGUCCUUAUCGGCACAAGACUGUUGAAAUACGCCUACUCAUAGUGUGUUCUACGCUGGAUAAAAUCAAGGAAGGAACAACAGCGUGUGUUUUACGCUGGAUAAAAUCAAGGAAGGAACAACAGCGGUUUGUCGAGAACAGACUGAAAGAGAUAAGAAAUUCUGGAGUAAACUUUUGCUACGUAUCGACAAACAACAAUCCAGUAGACUUACUCACCAGGGGAGUUCCUGCUAACGAAUUGAGGAAUAAUGAGCUGUGGUGGUUUGGACCAGAAUUUCUCAAAGAAAGCACAGAAGAUUGGCCUGAAUGGACGCCGCAGGACGCAGAGGACGAAGAAGAUGUAACACACCACGCCAUCGUGUAA